AUGAAAGGUCAGAGAUAGAAUCCUUAUGAUCAGUAAAGUGAUAACUACGACGAGUCUGUGCACAAUUCUGAAGAAGAUGAAAACUUCUACACAGAUAGAGAACACGCUAAUAACUCUAACCAGAGAAACUCUAAUUUAUAGUAAUAGCAAAAGAUGAAAAGUAAUCUAAGUAAAGGGAACUUAAACAAUAUCAACAUUAGUCCAGAUAAUAUGUACAGCACAGCUUCAUUCGAUCAGUAACAGCUUCAGAAAAAUUAAGCAAAUAAAUCUAGCAAACCUCAACCAGUUAAAGCCAAGCCUUUCUAAUAGUAGCAAUUAACGAUAGAGUAGAAUCAAGAUCCGAUAACUGCUGAUCAAAUGGGCGAAAUCAAUCACAAACUCAAAGCAGAACUAAGUCAACUGAUAGAUAGACUUGAAAUGGCUCUCAAUAAGUUCAAAGAACGCAAGGAGAAGGACAAGUUAAGAUAUGGAAUUGGAGCAGGCAUUAAUGGAGGACUCUUUGGGGGCUAAAAUGGCUAGGACUUGCCAGAUGACCUGAUUUAGAAGGAAAAGGAACUUAAAAAUGCUCAAUAGAGAGCUAUAAAUGUAAAGAAGGAGAUAUAGAAAAUCAAGAGGAAGCUUGACACCAAUAUUGAUAUCAAUACUAUCACAGAACUUGAAAACGAGAUCAAGAAUAAAAAGAUACUCUUAGAUAGACUAGAGGACUAAAAUAACCAGAUCAAAAAGGUAGGAUUUUAGCAGUAGAGAGCGAUGGAGGAUUUGAAUAAGGAAGAGGAGCUGAAUUCUUAGUUAUCUUAGAUAAAUAUGCAAAUCAGACAGAUUAAAAUUGACACCCGCUAGAUAAACGAUCAGUACAAGGAACUAGACAAGCAAAUGCAGGAGGAACAUAAGGUUAUCUACGAUUUAGAGGAACGUUUCAGAAAGAUCAAUGCUCUCAUCAGCACUAAAAAGAGAAAGACUAAUAAUAGUCAGCAUGAGUAAAUCAUCGACCCAGAUGAUUAGUUAACAGAGGAAGAACUCGAAAUGCAAAUAAAAGCACUUGAAGACUAGAAACUAGAUGGCGAGCGAAAGGCUAAAAAGCAGAUAUCAGACUUAGACAAGCAACUACUUACAGUCAAGGAAGAGGUUGAGGUGAAUGAGAUUAAAUUAAGAGGAAAAGAGCAGGAACUCAAGAUAGCUGACAUUAGAGUCAGAGAUCUCAAAAGGCAAAUUUAGGUUUUGUAGCAAGCUAAAAUCGCUUAAUCGAACUAGCAGUCGUAACAGGAUACGCCUCACUAAACUCAGCAGCAAUAGUAGAAUCAGUUUCAUGAUUAAAAUUUGGGAUAGUCAAAGCAAAUUAAAAAGGGAGGUCUUUAACAGCAAAAGCAGCUAAUUCAGUAAAAGAUUGAAUGA